AUGGGCCAAGACACAGUGCGGCUAGGAGAAAAGAGGGCCGGGUACAAGGCUUCUCCUCCCUGCAGAGGCUCGAGCAAGCAGCUGGACAGUGUGGACCGUUUCACUGCACAGCACCAAACCGUCACCUAUUUCGGUCUCCUCUGUAGGACAGCGCUGCACCUGGCCUGUGCCAUAGGCUUCCCCGAUAUUGUGUCUCUCUUAGUGGGGAGACACUGUGAGCUGAAUGGGUGUGACAACAACAGCGACACACCCCUCAUCAAAGACGUGCAAUGCCAGCAGGAGGAGUGUGCGAGCAUCCUGCUCCUCCAUGGGGCAGAGCCCAAGGCGGUGGACAACAGUAUGCCCUCCAUUACGCUGCAGCUGGGGGAAAUCGAUCCAUAGCGGAGAGGCUGCAAAGCCCACAUCGAGGCAAGAGAUGAGGCAAAAGCCGACUUCCGGAACCCUAAAGGGUUGUACCAGCUGCGGUGCAAAUCAAGUCGUGUUGGCUUCCCGUGGCUCCGGAUUCCUAUAUUCUUGGAAGCACUUCUUUACGGAAAACCACGUACAAUCAGUCUGGGGGCCGCCCUGAUUGCCCUCUGCAGUGGGGCCAUUUUCUUCGUGCUGGGCAGAAGAGCUGUCAUUUCAGUGGGGAUGGGGACGCCGGGGGCUUGGCGAUCUCCUCGCACAGCAGAGACUCGCCCCUGGGUCCCUUCCCUCUGAACCCUGAUCGGCUCUCUCGGAAUGGAGA